AUGGGGAAAAAGGUGAGAUUGGCACAAGUCAAUCUGGAGUUUAUUUACUGUUCUUUUCCAUCUCUUCCCAGGGGUGUUAGCAGUAUUGUCAGGCGCUGUAUCGAGAGGAAGACAGAAAUAGAAUAUGCUGUAAAGAUUAUUGACAUUACAUCUGAGCAUCUGACUCCAGAGGAAUUGGAAGAGAUUUGUACAUCUACUGCACAGGAAAUCAGCAUCCUCAAGCAGGUCUCAGGGCACCAACAUAUAAUUUCACUAAAUGAUUGUUAUGAAUCAUCAAGCUUCUACUUCCUGGUGUUUGAUCUGAUGAAGAGAGGAGAACUAUUUGAUUACCUGACUGAGAAAGUUACUUUGAGUGAAAAAGAGGCCAGAAGCAUCAUGCGGGCACUGCUUGAGGUGGUUCAGUUCCUCCAUUCGAAGAACAUUGUACAUCGAGAUCUCAAACCUGAGAAUGUUUUGCUUGAUGAUGACAUGAACAUCAAGUUGUCUGACUUUGGAUUUUCAUUACAACUUGGACCAGGCAAAAAACUGAAAGAAUUGUGCGGGACUCCAGGAUACCUGGCUCCAGAAAUUCUACUUUGCUCAAUGGAUGAAACUCACCCUGGAUACAGCAAAGAAGUGGAUUUGUGGAGUUGUGGAGUAAUUAUGUACACACUGCUGAGUGGCUCACCACCUUUCUGGCACCGGAAGCAGAUGCUAAUGCUCAGGAUGAUCAUGGAUGGAAAUUACAAUUUUGACUCUCCAGAAUGGCAAGAUCGAUCAGAAACUGUGAAGGAUCUGAUUUCCCACCUUCUGGUCGUGAAACCUGAGAAUCGAUUCACAGCAGAUCAAGCCCUAGCACACCCUUUCUUCCAGCAAUAUGUGGUCGAGGAAGUCCGCCAUUUCAGCCCUUUCAGAAAGUUUAAGACCAUCAUCUGGACUGUACUGGCCUCAGUUCGUAUUUAUUACAAAUAUCGCCGAGCGAAGCCCCUCACCAAACAGGUGCUGAUUCGAGAUCCUUACGCUAUUAAGGGAAUUCGUAAAGUGAUUGAUGGCUGUGCCUUCAAGGUGUAUGGACACUGGGUGAAGAAAGGUUUGCAACAGAACAGAGCAGCCUUAUUUGAGAAUUCUCCAAAAGCUUUCCUGUUCUCACUGGGCAAUGAGUUCGGUUAUGUGUCUGAACAACGUAUGGAAUGAGUUCUUUCAUUUAACUUCUGACCCCACUUUCCUCUUUAGUUUUCAGAUGGGUUGUGUGUGAGGCUGAUAAUCUAACCACCAAUUUAAGAUUCAUAGAAAUAUAGCACCAGUGUGAGCUCCGUUGUAGUGAUUAGAAUUCAAGCAUUCAUGUGUGAGGAGCUAACCAUUUAUUGAACUAGGCUUUCUGAUAGUGCUCUAGAGAUGCCCUAACCCUGAUGGCAGUAACAAGUAUUGUGUUCUCCCCCUGCCCAGAGUGUUCCUUUCUCGACUUACCCCUUUCUAGUUCCAUUCCUAUCUUAAGGAUCCUUGCUGUGUCUCUGACCAUACCUCCCAAUGUAAAUGCAUUUUGGAGAAGUCAGCUCCUACAGCAAUUACCAAUUUACUGACCAUUUAAGGCACCUCCCCUCAGCCCUACAUACCACCACAGCUUUCAAGUGGAGGCCACUCAUGAGACUGCAGCCAAGGCCCAGUGGACAUCAGAAGUGAAAGUACCUCGAGGGACUGGAGUCUCACCAGAGCUUGGCUGUCAGGAUAGGGUUGUGUUAGUGGGUUGUUGAGCUUGACAGAGUGGGGAAAGGUGAACAUAGAGGUGGGAAGAGUUUGGGAGAGCUCAUUCGGCCCGGGGGUCAGCAGACGUUCAGCUUUCCUUUGUUCACAACUAGAUCGAACAGGUGAAGUGGAAGACACACACUUGGUACAGACCUCCAUUCACCAUGGGGAAAGUCGUAGCCGAUUGAGGUACAAUUGAGGCAUUCAAAGAGGGCACUGUAUACUUUUUUGGAAAGAGAAAAGGCAGGAGAUUGGCACAAAAUAAUGAUACCCAUUUGAAGGGACAGUAUAGGGAUGAUGGGCUGAGUGACCUCUUUCUGGAUCAUAACAAUUUUGUGAUUUUGUGAGGAGUGGAAAGAUGCCCUUAAAUGGACAUUCACUGACCCGUGGCAGACAAGCCCCUUGAAAUCACCAUCCUGCACAGAUAAUGAGCAGUUGUCUAACGGAGUAGGGGUAUCAAGGAUUACAAGGAAAAACCAGCCUAUUGUUCCUAUUUCUUAUAUUAUUAUGGGAAUGGUGCCUCCAUCACAUUCACUACACAUCUGCCAUCCCAACCUAAGACAGAGACAGAAUUGAAUGGGAGUAUUCUCAAAACUGACUCCCCAGAGGUGUAAAACUUCAUCUUUGAAUCUGUGGCACUAGCUUAAAUUUAUAAACAAAAAUGAAAAGAACCAACAAAGAAGACAUUUGCCCUGCAUGAAAUGAUAACUUGUUUUGUUCAGUCCACCACGGAAUCUGUCCUUUGCUGAAUGAUUGUGCUGUCAUUGCAUGUUGUCUGACAGGCUGUGUGUGUGACGUGCCUGCACUCUAGUUCUUUUCCAGUAAAGAAAAAAGUAUCAUUUUUGA